AUGGGAAGUGAAAAUGCAUCAAGCGAGAAGGAAAACAGGUCUCUGGUUAGGUUAGAUGAUGAGAGCUCGUUUUGGCGAGCAUUUUGCUUCCAAACAUGGCGGGUUUUAGCAUUAGGACAAAAUAAAAACGAAUGGUUUAAACUCAAGCGAGAAGUGGAACGCUUUAGACAAAAUGGGGUGUUGCGGGCAAUGGAACAUGUUGAAAGCAAAGUAUUGGAACGUAAUAUCGAAACGCGGUACCGAUGGCUCACGUCAAUGGUUGAAGGUAGACGGUUUGUGCCGAUGAGCGCUGAGUUCGCGGGGAAAGCACCAUGGAAUGAAGCCAUUGUGGGGGAAGAAGAAGCGGAGCUGGUCAAAAAUGACAGCGCAGCACAAGUUUCAUCCACAAUUUCUCAGAAUAGUGCUAUUAAUGAUUGUUCAUUCGUGGCAAGUAUAAUAAACAUCAGACAACGAGCUCCAGCAUCAUUGGCAAUCGAACACCCAUAUCCGUCGCUGUUCAACGUCAAUUUGCACUUCAACGGGGCUCCCAAUCGUCUCGUGCAGGUGCGCCUUUCAGACCUGACAAAUAGGCCCACAGUCUGCUCUCCAAACGUAGCAGAUAAGGCUUUGGAAAACGCGUACAUGCAGGUGAAAAAUAAUUCCAGUUAUCAAUACAGCGGCUCCAACAGCGCUCUAGACACAUUUCUACUCAACGGGUUUAUUCCUGAGGUAUCUGCAACUCAUAAAAUCUCAGUCAAGCGGAUUGCUUCGCUUUUCAAAAGUGCAUCAUGUCUCAUUACGUUAGGAACUUCCGGUACGGUGCAAGACUCAACUUUACUAACUAAUCACGACUACCCAGUAACUGGCGUAAGCGAAGAGGGGCUGCUGACGAUAAGAGACCCAUUAGACGAACGCAGGGCUUACACGGUCUCACAGGACCGCCUCACUAAGAGCUUUCGAGUUGUAUAUCUCAAUUGGAACGCUAAAAUGUUGUUUGCGAGACAUUGUGCAUUCUCUUUCAAAUAUGACGCUUCACAAAACAAAACAUCCCCCAGUCUCAUUGACAAACCCAUAUAUCAGGUGCAGAAUCAAUCAGAGGUCACAGAACCGGUUUGGAUCUUACUGGAGCGACAUAUCAAUCUCUCCGCAUCCGACAGUGACUUUUGUCACCUGGAGCUCGUCUCACCAGACUUGGUAUCACCGCAGGAUGUUAGAGGCUCAAAUCUUGGGUUUUACCUGCUCAAGCUUGAAUUGCGGCCUGGAGAACGCAAGUUGGUAGGUUGUCUGUCCACGGUGUCUGCCAACUAUAGCAUCCAUUUCUACCAUGUCUCAGACCGCGUAGUGGCUCAGAAAUAUGAUAAAAACCUCAAUUUAGCUUCGUUGGAUGACGAAUGGGAUAUAGUUUCCAACUCUGGUCCCUUUUCAAAUGCUUGCUACUACAUGAAUCCGACUUUCGAGCUAGUCAUCAACGGUACUGGCCGGACGACUCAGUAUGUUGAUAUGCAGCUGGUAAGCUACGCAGCCGUUGCGAUAAAUGCGCAGGUUUUCCAUUCAGAAGACCUUGAAUUGGCUCGUCCCAUCCUCACUGAUAAUACCUACGAGUCGAAAAUUCAUAUCAGGCGAUCCGUACCUCUAGCGACAGACACUCGUUACCAUAUUAUAUGCUCUACUUUUCAGGACGAGUUGAAACCAGAAAAGUUCAAGCUCGUCGUCUUGGAUCCCUCUGGAUGCAAUGCUAUAAGUCUCAAACGCGUCUACCCGCAAUUCGGUCCUCAUCGCUACCGUAACAAGUACGACUUCGAUUGGCGUGGGAAAAACCGCAAAAAACUCAGAGUUUCUCCCAGGCUGACGACCAAAGCCCAAGUUCGUGUUUUAGCGCUUCAGCCCAACGCCCCACUGUCGAUCAGGAUCAACGUUUUCACUAAUGACAGCAAAGCUGCCGUUUUCACUAGUCAUGAGUUUUCGAAGGUUCCAAGGCAUGGACUGGUUAUAAAGGAUAUGGUAUUGAAAGCUGAAGAACCGCUGGUAAUGCUUAUAGAAAAGCACGGGCCCGUCACAGCCUUUCAGGAUACCAAAAUGCGCUUGGAGCUAGGCUCGGACUUCGACGUCGUGAUGAACGAGGUCUAG